AUGACUCUGAUUCCUUGUUGCUCUGGAUAUUCGGUGAAUUGUCGGAGCGAUUUGGUUAGGCAAGAAAUUCGAAAGUGUACGAAAACGGUGCAUGAUUUUCAAGAUACGCAAGUAAGAGUGGAUGGGAACAAAUGGUUGGAACCGAAUGUCUCGAAAGAAUUGAAUGCGAAAUGUGAUGAUGCGAUGAACUGUCUCCACCUCCUCGAUCAUUGUUCAGUUUUCGAAGAUGACGAUAUCCUCUGGCUCGAUGAUUUUUGUGAUUCCUAUGGCUUUCUCACUGGAAAUUUUCACGAAUGCGCAGUGAAAAUUGACAAGAAUCAACAGGAUCCAUGUGUACAACACUAUCUGGUCAAUUCUCCUUAUUUUAUGCUUGAUGGGUCUCAGCGUUGCCAAAUGCUGAAAUCGGAUGGUAGCUGUGUGAAAUCUGUGAUAAGUUCCACGUGUUCUCCUGGAUCUGCGAAUGAUUUUCAAGACCUUCUAGAUCGACAAAUGAUACGAUUGAAAUGUUGA